GGUUUUCCUCCACCAAAAAACGCGCCGCGGCGUGUGUGUGUGUGGUACAGCGAUGCUCGGCGUGUAGUGCGGCUCACGAGAAACACGCCUCAGAAAUAAACUAAAGCGACGAACUGUGUGGAGAAGCAGCAGCUGCCGUCCCUCAGAAUGAGCGACGACACGGACUCCCCUCCCGAGAGGGAAAUGAGGGAUUUCCAAUUUCGACAGAUGAAGAAAGCAAGAGUUUUUGAGUGCCCUGAUGAGAUGCCAAAAGAAAGAUCUAGUCUGCUCACCGUCUCGAACAAAUUUGGUUUGACUUUUGUCGGGCUCAACAGCACAUUCAAAGUUUACCUAACUGAAGCGAUACUGGCUGCUGACAGAGCUGAUGGAAACGCUAAUGAAAUAGUCAGUGGGAUAGUGCCAUUGGCGGAGGUGACUGUGGAACUGGCUGUGCACCACUUGGCCCUCAGCUGCGAUGAACUAACUUUGUCAGUAUGUGGCAUGUCUGAGGGGGCGUGCUUAUCCCUCACCUUCUAUGACGUCCGCACCUUCAUGAACAAGGCGAGACCACAGAAGCUACCUUUUGCGUCGCUGCAGGCGGCCACACCCCCUGGUACUUCAGUGCAGGACCUGAAGUGGAAUCCUGCUCAGGCGUCCACUUUGGCUGUCUGUCUGUCCGAUGGCAGUAUGAUGAUUUUGGAUGUUACAGACAGUGUCCGAGUGCAGGCCCAGCUACCUGCUUCCAGUGGUAUCACAUGCAUUUGCUGGAGUCCAAAAGGAAAACAAGUCGCGGCAGGAAAAAUGAAUGCCACAGUCAGUCAGUAUACACCAGCACUAGAAGAGAAGAAAGUGAUCCCAUGUCCACACUUCUACGCUUCCUCCUCUGAUGAAUCUGUCAAAGCUCUGGAUGUGCUGUGGCUGAAAACCUUUGUGUUUGCGGUCGUCUAUGCUGCUGCAGAUGGAUCUCUUGAGACGCCCCCCGAGCUAGUGUUCAUAUCCCUCCCAAAAAAGGACGAGAGGGUGGAGACAAAGUAUCUGAACUUUAGUGACACAGUGUUCGGCAGCUGCACUGAGCGACUCCACCACUACUUCCUUAGCCAUGUAGAGGACUGGGACCUUGUGUUUGCGGCAUCAGCAGCCUCCAUUGAGGUCAGCGUCAUAGCCAGACAAGACGACAAGAUAUGGGAACUUUGGAUCCUGGAAGAUGCAAGUCGGGCUGAGCUUCCAGUGCCCGAGACAAAUGAAGAUACUCUACCACUCGGCUUAGCCAUCGACUUCACCAGCCAGCAGGAGAUCCACAUCUCGGGUGAGAAGACCUUACCACCGGCUCCCACUUUGCUGAUGCUGUCCACAGAGGGGUUACUCUGCCCAUUUGCUCUGCUCAACGCCAACCCUGGGGUGAAGCAGCUGGUCUCGCCGCCUGGCCUGCUCCCCCUGGAGGGAGAGAGACUGCCGAAGCCAGGUUCUGUGGUCGCCCAACCAACAAGAACGGCGGCCUCCAUCCCAUCUGCCCCAGCCACAUUCACACACCUCGGUCUUACUUCAACGGCUGCUUCCACUCCUCCGGCUCCUGUUGGAGCUUCCUCUGCUGCUCCAUUCAGCUUCGUUAGCGCAGCUCCCGCGUCGUCGUCAUCGUCAUCAGGCUUCACGUUUUCAGUCCCGACUACCAGCUCCACCUCGGCCCCUUUAGCCUUCUCCCUGGGGGGAUCCAUGCCUUUUGGCUCCGGGUCCUCGGGCUUCUCGUUUGCUUCCAAACCUCCCUCUGAAACUCCCUUGGCACCCUCAGCUUUUUCCGUCAGCACCCCUUCUAUCAAACCAUCAGCUGUGGUGAUCCCGGCUCCAGCUCCACUACCCCAGAGCCUUGCUACUGCCUCCCCACCUACAGUGAAACUGAAUCUGAAUGAGAGGUUUUCAGCAGUGGAGGCCCCAGCACAAGCCCCACAGUCUUUCUCUUUCAAUCCUCCACUACCCAAACCAGUUGUCUCCAAUACCAGUAGUUUGACCACCCCUCCACUCUCAGCCACUAAGCCCCCAGCUGUGCUAACCCCAGUGCGUCCAGUUCAAACCAGCACGCCCACCACAGUUGUGCAGAAACCUACUCCUGCCGCCCAAGGCCGUGUUCAAGCUCCACAGGCAGCUGUUGGUGCGAAGGCCGUGGACAAGCAGCCACAGCAAAAGAAGGAAUCCGAUCACAUUAUGGCUGGAAUAUUGGAAGAGAUUGCACACUUCCAAAAAGAGUUGGAUGACCUCAAGGCAAGAAGCGCAAGAGCUGACAUUAAGGUUGGCACCAACGAAGAGAUGAAGGGCUUGAGGAAGGAGUCGGAGGACCUUCAUGUUUUCACCCUGGAGAUCAAGGAGACUACAGAGUCUCUCCAUGGCGACAUUGGUACUCUGAAGACCACCCUAUUGGAGGGCUUUGCUGGGGCAGAAGAAGCCAUCGCCCAGAGCGAGCUGAGCAGAGACAAAGACUACAGACAGCUGCUGUACAAAAAGCCUCUCGACCCGCGCAGUGAGGAACGGCUCAAGGAGAUACGUAGACUGUACCAGUACGUUACGUUUGCCGUGGAAGAUGUCAACGAUGUGUUGAACGUGGAAUGGGAGAAGCACCUGGAGAAGAAGAAAAAGCCGAAACACAUGGUCGUGCCGGGGCGUGAGGGUCUGUUCACCACACUGGCCAAUAACUUGUACAUCAUCGACCAGCAAAAGAACAGAUUGGACCGUUUGGUUAAGGAGCUCAAUUCACUGAUGCUUUACAACAAGACGUUUACGCCAGCGACAAACCAUGAUACUGCUACUCCAACAACUACUGGUUUGGAAAGCGAGCUGGAGAGUUUAAGGGAUGCGCUCCUGAAAGCCAGACUGGACACUACCCCUCCAAAGACCAAAUCCAGAACUCCAGUCAAGAUAUCACCAGUGAAACAGUCCCAGCUACGUAACUUCCUCUCAAAAGGGCAGAUGCCUCCUGUGCGCUCAACUGCACCAGCCAACCUGUCUCGCUCAGCCUUCCUUUCACCUAAAUACUAUGAGGACUUGGAUGACGUGAGCUCUACCUCCUCCCUGUCCCAGUCCCUGGACCCCCACCCGGCUCACUUGGAGCUGGAGGAGGAGGAGGAGGAGGAACUACUGCCAGAGCUCCCCAUGACAGUCAUCCCUCCAGCAUUGUCCACCCCUCGCCACCCCACUGUGGUGAGGACCCCCUCCAUUCAGCCAGGCUUCGGAGCAAUCCAGUCCACCCCUUUGCCCAAGAUUCAACAAUUGCAGGCUAUGGGCUUUGGACUCAGCCCUAUUGCCAGCCCUGUGCCAACCAAUAAGAUCAACCUCAGCGGGGCUGAUAGCACUGCUCUUGCCACAAAGACUGUGAAACAUGGAGCCCCACCUUCUGAGAGGACCGUACCCGUCACCAUCCCUGCCCAGCAGGCCGCAGCCACCGCUGCUCUACGUAGGCAGAUGGCCAAUCAGAAGACAGCUGUUGUCAGCACUUCCUUGACAGAGUCCACUUUGAAGACUGUUCCUCAGGUGGUCAAUGUUCAGGAACUCAGGGAGAAAGGGCCUCCUGUGCCAGGGUCAAAUAUCAUCAGCUCAUCAGUACCAGAUCCAGCAGCUCAAGUGUUUGCCACAGUCUCUUCCACCCAGGCGAAACGAAAUCCGACCCAAGUUAUGCAGACUCUGUCCUCUGAAGGUUUUGUGUCAGGUCCGCCGUCCAAAACGGAUGUUUCUGUGGCUCCUGCUGGCUCAGCAGAGCAAAGCACUAACAAAGGUUUCUCCUUCUCUUCAGGGUCCACAGGCUUCGGUUUUGCUUCAGUUACGCAGGGAGCUGGGAUAUCACAAGUAAAGGAUGUGAAUAAAUUUUCCUUUGGUGGAAUUGGCAAGAUGGCGUUUGGCCAGACUGGAGACGAGGCAUUCUCCUUCAUCCCAAAGUCCACCUCCCCUGCUCUAUGCACCGGAUCCCCCACCCUGCCUCCGUACCCAUCAGGGGAAGCAGCCAAACCCACCUCCUCCACGACUGCCCUCAGAGUAGAGCCACAGCCGCCUAAAACAAUCGGCGGAGAGACACUGGGCAGUUUCUCCGGACUACGUGUGGGCCAUGGAGAAGAAGCUAAAGAUUCCACUACCAAACCUACUGCUGCCUCUUUUACCUUUGGGGAUGCUGGACUCGGGAUGGGGAAGGGAGCAGGGCAGUUUAGCUUUGGCACAGGUGUCCAAAAGUCUGCUGAAGAUUCCACUGGAGCAGACUUGGCCAAGGUGGCAGCGUCAGGCAGUUUGUUUAAGCCUCCUGAGUCGAAUACCAAACCGGCCUUCUCUGUUCUCCAGUCGGCCUCAGCUUUACCUUCGUCUUUCAGCAGUCUCCUUGCAGCAUCUUCAGACUCCUCAGAGGAACCAAAAGCUCCCGCAGAACCUUCAGAACCCACACCACCCCCUGAAAAACAACCUACUUCUGAACCUGCUGUGGAGAUCGCCACUGCUGCUGCAGUACCCAACGCUGCAGGGGAUGCAGUCCCCAUAGAAACCACAGCAGCCAAACAGGCACCUGCAGAAACAACACCCGCACCCCUUCUGGCCGCAGCUGCCCUUACCCCAGACCCUCCCCCCUACAUCCCCGCACCCGCUGAAGCUGCCCCUCAGGCGCCCGUCAGUGCCGCUCCCCCAAUUGAAGCCACCGCAGACACGACCCCCACCUCUGCGGCUCCUGUGUCCAUGUCAGCAGCUUCCUCCUUUGCAGCGGCACCCGUCUCUCAGGUUGCACCAGCAGCAUUUCAGGUUCCCAGUUCUGACAAACCAGGUUCCAUUUUUACUCACCCUGCGCCAGCAACAACGGACAGCAGCUCCCUUGGAAUCACACCAGUUAUCAACACAGUCGCCAGUGCAGCCACCACUGCCACCCCUACCAUUGUUAACACUUCAACAACUUCUGCUACUAGCACUGUAUUCGGGCAACCUGUUGCACCUUCUUUGGCCCCCGCAGCCCCAGCAAUCACAGGAUUUGGUUCAACUGGGUUCGGUGCGUCAACUGGAACUCCCUUUGGCCAACCUGUAUUUGGCCAGGUGAGCGGCUUUGGCCAGCCUGCCAGUAACACUGGAACAUCCAGUGGCUUUUCUUUUGGCCAGGCAGCAUUUGGAGCAAACCCCGGUAAUGCAACUACUGGAGGAGGAGGAGGAGGAGCUUUUGGUGCUGCUACUGCAACAAAUGCAAGUUCCUUCUCCUUCGGCACAAGCAGUGCCAACACAGCCAGCAGCACUGGGUCUGGGCUGUUUGGACAAACCACCGCCCCAGUGUUCGGCCAGAGCUCCGGAUUUGGGCAAGGGUCUGUGUUUGGGAGUAACACCACCACGUCAUCAUCUACAGGAUUUGGCUUUGGACAGCCCUCAGCUUUUGGUUGCUCUCCUGCCACCCCUGUGUUUGGCCACCAAACUAGCAGUGGUAGUGUGUUUGGACAGCAGCAGCAGCAAUCAUCUGGUGGGAGUGUGUUUGGUUCAAGUUCAGCCAACACACCGGGCUCACCGGCUGGUGGAGGAUUCUUCAGUGGCCUCGGGGGCAAACCAACCGAGGAAGCUGCCAACAAGAACCCAUUUGGCGCCGGCUCCUCCACCGGAGGGUUUGGGCAGCCUGCUCAGACAGGUGGCAACAGUCUUUUUGGGAACAGCGGUGCCAAGACCUUUGGUUUCGGACAGCCCUCCUUUGGUGAGCAGAAACCUGGUGGGACCUUCAGCACUGGAGGAGGGAGUGUCUCAUCCCAGGGCUUCGGCUCCUUCUCUACGCCGUCAAAAUCAGGUGCAUUCGGCACCGCCCCAGUGUUUGGGAGUCCCCCGUCUUUCGGUAGUUCCCCAGCAUUUGGAGCUGCAGCGGCAUUCGGCGCCAGCCCUUCUUUCACCAACACCAUGGGUUCCUCGGCUGGUAAGGUGUUUGGAGAAGGAACAGCGGCUGCCAACAUGGGAGGAUUCGGGUUUGCCUCACCUCAACCCGCCCCGUCCUUUGGUGCCCUAGCUAAUCAGAACGCGCCGUCCUUCGGGAACUUGGCCCAGCAGGGCCCUGGGUUUGGAAGUCAGCCCAGCAGCUUCUCUGGCUUUGUACAGCAGCAACCACAGGCAGGAGGCUUCUCUGGAAACACCUUUGGGUCUUCAAACCAGUAAGUGUGAUCAAGUUCACAAACAUUUGCCAGUUGGAGAAGCUAGUUUUAUUAAGCAUCCAUGAGCCACAGUACUUUCUGCAAUCAAGUCCUUUGUGCCACACAAUGGGAGGAGGGACAGGGGAAGACUGUGUUGCAUUUGGGUUGAAGGGGUAAAUAAAGUAAAUUAGAAGAUAGAUUUACAUGUAUGUUCUUUACAUAAACUAUUGCAUGUCUGGGGAAAGAAACAAAGUUUUCAAACCGCUUGCAGAGUGCAGUUGAUUAUGUGUUCUUAAUAUUUUCUUCGGAGAAUCAAGUGUUGACAUCCAUACAAACAGAAGACAGAUCAGUGUGAGGUUUCUGGAAAAACAGAUUUGAAACAAUUUAUUCCUGAAAAUCUGUUUUCAAAAAGUAAAUAAAUCAUAAAAGUACUGCAAGUACUCGUGGUAUCAUCUGUCUAACGUUUUUAAAAUGUUAGUGUCUGCACUUUGAAGUAUCACAAUGUACAAAAAGUUAAGAGCUUUACUUGGUGUUGUCAGCAUGGCUUCAUAUAAGGCUCUGUUCAAUCCAGUUCUAUCUAAUAUAUGUUCAUACAGUGGUGAACAGAUAUUUGUCACAAAUGUACACAUGCCACAUGCUAAAAGGAAUUGCGAUUUGAAAAAAAUUAAAAUAAAGUUCUAUUUUCUUUUUCAAAUAUUUUUUUGCAGGAAAUCCCCUCUUGAUGUAUAUUUUUACACCAAAAAAUGAAAAUAAAGUUAAUUUCUCUA